CGUAACAGUCAAAACUAGAUUGACCUGUUAUUUGUAAACAAGUCUCGUGACAACACGCGGCGAAAAUUUUAUCGAAGAGAUCUCAACUCGCCGGCGAAACAAAAAAUUCCGCUUUCCUGUUGAUUCGAAAGUGAGGUUUGAAUCUUGCCAGGAAGAGCUUUUCCAGAGGACUUUAUUAACAUGAGCGUUGCAAAGAGAGCAAAGCUUGAUGUACCGACGAACAAAACUCAAGAGAAGCUCACAAAUGGCUACCAUUGUACGAAUGGAACUGAAGGCGAAAAGAAAUGUCACGGACUCUCUAAGGAAGAGAUUAUGGGACUGCGAACUGCCUACAUCGGGUAAGUUUCGAGGGUUAAUAAGUUCCUUAUUAAAACAGUAGGUUCAUUCACUAAAGGUGCAUUUAGUGUUUGGUUAAUGUUACAUUCAUACUCGGAACGACUGAAAAUGAUUUUUUCUUCAGUAACCGUAAGACUUUAAUUGGCACACCAAAGUUGAGAACAAUCAUUAAAAUGAUAGUAUUUCCUUAAAAAGACAACGUGGAUUUUUUUCUAAUGUGGUAGCAAAGGUUGCAGGAGCAAUGCAAUUCGUACCGUCGAUCGACUAAGGCGGUUACGACGUUUUCUGACGGCAUUUGUAAGCUUACAUUUCUCGACGUUCUCGAUCGUAGCCGUUAUAAUCGAAAUAUUUCCAGUUUAGGAACUGACUUUGCACAACAGAAGAAACAGCGAUUGUUGGCGAUUUGCUCUGCAACUGGUCUUAAGCAUGGUUGUGGGAACCCAUUACACAAGUGAUUACCGCGUGCGGGUCGACCUCUGCCAGUGAAAAGAAAUGCGAUAGGGCGAUUGACGGUAUUUAUAGAGCUGAGUAACCAAAGUCGAAAGUUAAUUUACAUACUUUGCCACGUACCUUGCCACUUGACUGGGCAAAAAGUGUCUCGUGAGGUCAAUUCACAUCCGGUUCCACGUGAAUAAUUUUUUCCAUAUCCAAGUUCUUUUCGCAUCCACUGACCAAUGGCAAUUUUCAAUUUUGAAGUGAUUAGCUGUAAAUCAGGAGGCUUGUUAUGGACAGGUCUUAUUCAAACUGCGGUUUUACGCAAGAAAUGAGCCUUACGCAUUCUCUAUGAGAGAGUUGCUUUCAUGAAAUAACUGUCCUUCCAGUGCUAGCUUUUGGCCCUCCUGACACUGUAUAUUGUUCAGAUUAAAGAUUGAGCUAAGUCAUGAUAGUUUAGGAAGUGGUUUUGUUAAACAAUGGCUCAACUUUGUUUAAAUAGCCGGCCAAGAUGUUUUAUGAUAAAAUUGUUGACACAAGGAGCCAGGGAACAUAAAGGUCCUUAUUUUCUCACCCCUCCCCUAAAAUAACCAAACAGCAAUGAAAGAACUCUCAAACCAUUUGGAGGCAGGGAAGGUCAUUGUGGUCAACUGAGCUCAGGUGGUUGACAUUGCCAUAGGCUUCCAAACAGAUUAUUGGAUUAAUCAAAACUAUAGCAAAAUUCUUGGACACAAUUGUUUAUCACUGUGGAGAUAUGAGCAUGAAUAGGAUAGUAUAUGCAUCAUGCUUGUAAUUGAAUGGUGUAAUAGGACAGUUAAAGGGACAGUGAACAUGUCAUGCCUGUGUUGGUGGACAGAUUGCAUCAUGUACAUGUGUUGUUGUCUCACAUUUUGCUGAGUUAACUGUUGUUGUUGUUUUUUUUCUAUGAAAACGUAUAACCGACGUCUAGUUUCUAUCUCAAAUUUUGUCAUAGUUUUGAUUUAUUGGUGACGGGACUUGGGUGUCAUCCAAUUCUGUUUGUAAUCAUAUGAGUGAUUAACAAAUUGGACUCCCACCUCACGAUUAUCUGAUUUGUGAAUCACUCGUAUGAUUACAGACUGAAUUGGACAACACAAAGUCCUAUUACCAUUAUUUAUCCUUUAGUCCCAAAAUCAGGAUCAUAAUUAUGAGUUGUAGUUUUGCCCUCUUGCUAAUAAUGUUAAGUUGUAUUAGUGAGACAGGAUUUGGUUGACUUUUUUUAAUUUUAAACCCUUUUACCACUAAGAGUGACUAGCAUCUAAAUCCCCCUCACAUUACCACCCUGUGUCAAACAUUAGGUUAGGAGAUAAGAGAAAACAAUCACCAUACAAAUUAAAGGAGCUCCUGACUGUUAAAUAAAUUCUCCUCAUCAGCACCUCAAGAAAUCUACAGAGAACAGUUUGGAGAAAUUGCAUACUGAUGCUCAUUUGUAAAGAGUCAACCCUCUUCUCUAACUGUUUAAGUUUAAGAAAAGAGAAAACUAACCCCUUUUUCACUUUUUUAGGAAGGUUGUAGGGUUUAAGAGUUUUGGCUCUGAGGCUUGAUCAUGUUGGAGAGUAAAUGGUCCAGCAAUAAUUUUUUUUUAAACUAAGUUCAACUAAUAUGGUGGUUAGGGCUUUUUUAUCGUAAUAUCUUCCUCUUAAGCCGUCCAAUUACCUCAAGUAUCCAGUGUAAAAUCCAAGGCUAAAGACAUAUUGUUGCUAAAGAGACUAAUUAAAUACACCAAAUCUUUCUGUAAACCACACUAAAUAAUACUUUUCAUUUUCCAUGUAUUUGUAAUAAAGAAAACAUUAGAAUUUUUUCUUGUUUCAUACAGGAAAGCCUGUGAGGUCCAUUUCAAAGAGAAUCCAAUUAAAAUUUCAUAUGCAAGAGGACAGUACAUGUAUGAUGAGGAGGAUAACCAAUAUCUAGAUUGCGUCAAUAAUGUCACCCAUGGUAUGUCCAUCUUAUGUUGCUUUUGAGUUUGUGAAAUGUUUGUUUUGGUGAGGGAUUAGAAAUUACCUUCAAUGAAAUAUCAGUUCUAAAAAAGUGGAACAAGACAAUUCUGUUUGGCAAGUUUUAACAAAAAUUUAGUACCUUAGCAGCCAUUUUGGGUUUUUGUUAUGAUGAAAAAUUUAGUCAAGGCUGCAGGUCUUUUACAGGAAAAUGUUUUUGUGUUUACUCAACCACAGUUUGCUUAAAAUUGAACAGUAAGCCUGAAUAAAUUUUUACAUGUAACUAUUGAUGCAAAAGGUAAAAUAGACGGACUACUGUAGCUGGAGAGAGAAAUGUCAUUGGCUAUUUUUAUCCUAAAAAUAUGAAGAGGUAUGAUAGAAAACUAAAUUACUUAUGAGUUUUGUUGGCCAUUUUACAGCCACUAAUUUGGACUUUCGUUUAAUUAAUUUUCAUGAUGAAUGUAACAAUUGACAGCAGAAUUAUCAUGGUGGUGUUAGUCAAAUUUUUUUAUGCUUUUGAAUAACUCCUCCUUCUCUCUACAGUUGGUCACUGCCACCCCCAUGUUGUUAAAGUUUGUCAUGAACAGAUGGCCACUCUUAAUACCAACAACCGUUUUUUGUAUGACAUCAUUGUUAAGUAUGCACAAAGGCUGACUGCUACAUUCCCACCUGAAUUGAGCCAAUGUCAUUUUGUAUGCACUGGGUAAGUUCACAACUGGCAUGGAACCAUGAUCUGCCAGCACUGACCUCAACCCUAUAAAAGUGGAUUUGGGUUUGUCAACUGGGUUGAUAAAAUAAAUUGGCAAUCAAGGAGAGUUUUAGCCUUUGAGGUAACACUUGAAACCUCAGUUUCAGUAACUCUCCAAGGUGACUAAUUAGGUUUUCAACUCAGUGGGCAAAACAAAGUACACAGUCACAGGUUUGAGUCAGUGCCAGUGGACUUGCAUGGUGAGGGAAAGAUAGUAGUUACCUAUUAUGUCACCAGUAAACUGUUCAUAACAUCCCCAUUCCAGUUUUUGUUACCUUCAAAAAUGAAAAAAUGUCUCUUUCAAGCCUCUCACAAAAGGUAAUUGUUAUAAUUCUCAUUCCUGAACUUUUCUUUACAUGAUGUGUUGAUAAAUAUAGAAGAGAUACAAAGAAUAAUACAUGGAUACACAUAGAUAUGGAAUUUCUCUUCAAGUGUUUAACUUGAUAGCUCAGGAGUGAGCGCAGUGAACAAGUGAUAUGUCAAGUUGAAGAUGAGAAGACAACAUUUCAUAUCAGUUUACAAGCAAUCAUGUAUUAUUUUGUUUAUCAUAUAAACACAAUAGCCCUUUACUGACAAGAAAAGUCAACUUUAUUAAUGAAUGAAAAUAAAAGGAUCAACCUGACUAAGUGGUGCAAAAGGCAAGUGACAUGUCAGCAGCUGAUUGGCAAUAUUAAACACACAUGAAAAAAUAUUGUAUUUUUACAUAUUAUUAUACAAUGACCUAUUGCUUUUCCCUUUGGUGAUAUGUAAUUCAUCUUUCUCAGUAUCUGUGUAGAAAUUAACUAUAUUUGUCAAAUCGUUUACAGGUCAGAAGCAAAUGAUCUUGCUCUGCGAAUAGCGAGACAACACACCGGUGCAGAUGAUAUUGUCAUUGUAGACAGGUAUUCAGAACUUUCUUUGUUCAAUUUUGUUUGCUUGUUGUUGUUGUUUUUUUAAUGCCACCUUAUUCAUGGUAUUGGUAAGAGAACAAAAGGUACAUGUCAAAGGGUUGAAAUUUCAAAAAGCAAGUACUUUUUUUUUCAACCAGAGCCUAUCAUGGUCAUACCACAGCAUUGAUUGACAUCAGUCCAUACAAGUUCAGAAAACUGGGUGAAAAGGGGAAGAAAGAUUACGUUCAUGUUUCUCCUACUCCUGAUCCAUAUCGUGGGAUAUUCCAAGGAGAAGCCACACCUGAACUGGGGGAGAAGUAUGCCUUAGAAGUCAAGAAACUCAUAGAUCAAGCACACAGAGAUGGAAGAAAGGUACCUACAGUUUGGAAUCUGAAAGAAGUCUUUGUUAAUGUGCCAUUUGCUUGUUGGUGUAGAUUUUUAUUUUAGUACUAUUGUCUUCAUUGUUUUAAUUAUUAUUAUUUGGAAUUGUACUUUUUUUGGUUAUUUUUCUCCUGAAAUGAAUGCAGUUCUUACAAAGUUUAUGUUGACAUCUGUAGUGAUCUUAUAAAGGAAGUGUCCUAGUUUUCGCUUCAAAAGUGGAUGAAUGUUCACCUCUGGAGUCAUUUUGCCAAUAAUUGAUGAGUGCAGGAGAGAAGUGAUGUACAUUUAAAUGUGUCUAUUCGACUUGUAGAUUGCAGCAUUUAUCAGUGAAUCAAUGCAAGGUUGUGGAGGUCAGGUGGUCUAUCCUCCAAAUUACUUGAAACAAGUCUACAAGUAAGCAAAUUAUUUCCUUAGUAUGAAAUAACCUCUGUAAAAAGUUAAGUUUGAACUCCCAAUGUCCUGUCUAGUAGUCACUCCAGGUACUGGCUGCUAUACCUGUACAUCUCAUCAUUAGGAUGGCUGGAAAAGUUAGAGGCAUAUCAAGAAAGCAUAUUUUUGUUUUUUAAUUAUCCUUUAUUUACUUGGGAAUAAAUCACACUCUGGAAAGUUAACCCUUCCACCCCCAGGAUCCCAACGGUAAUUUUCUCUACUGUCUGUCACACAAAUCUUUAAGUAAGGAGAAUUUUGUAUUGGAUCAAGUGAAUCACAGUUUUGUUGGCAGAUCCAGGGGAUCCAGACUCCAUAUUAGACCUGUGGGAUUUUUGCUAUUUGUCUAACACCAGGUGUCCUCCUCUGGUGUUUUUUUUUUUUUCUGUAGGAUCAUUUGGUGUGUCUUGACAUUUAAAAUUUGAUUGUUUGAUCUGCACUAUGAUAAAUUUUUACUUCUUUUUGCCAAUCAUUGUUAAGGUAUGUACGUGAGGCUGGAGGAGUGUGUAUUGCUGAUGAAGUGCAGGUUGGAUUUGGACGAUGUGGUAAACACUUCUGGGCAUUUGAGUCUCAAGGUGGGUGAGAUCCUGCUGGUGUAAGGGUUUAAAAUUGCAACAAGUGUGCUAAAUGUUGGUAGUCAAACUUGACCAAAAAACGUUAAACAUGCUGUAAUUCCUGUCAAAGUUACUGACACAACUGACUUGUGCAACUGCUAGAUCAUAUCUUUGAUUUUGUAGCCUGAAAAAGCUAGGAUAAUAGGACUGUUGUUACUCUUUUGGGACCAAAUAAAAUUUAAAUCACUCCCUUAAAAUUUGUCAGCUCUCCUUGACAGUCAUCCAUUUGUACUGUGAACAGAGAUAGGCAUCAUCAGAGUUAAGUGUCUUCUCCAAGAAUGACAGAUACCAACAUAUCAGCCUAUAAUUCAUCAUCACAAGCAAAUCCAAACAUUCAAAAUGUUUAUUUUGCUUUGAAGCUGAGUGUUAAAGCUACAAGCACUGUACCAACCCAGGCACCCCCUCCCCACCACACCCCAUCCCUGUUCUAGAGUGUUAACACCACUGGUGUCUUUGCUGACACCAUGUAUUGAUGGCAGCGAUGGUAGUCCUGCCAGAGUAUGCCAGAUCAUAACUGUGCAUUUCCCUAGGUGUUGUGCCGGACAUCGUUACCUUAGGUAAGCCGAUUGGUAACGGCCAUCCAUUGGCACUUGUUGUUACGAGACCUGAACUUGCAGAAUCAUUUGCUGCCACUGGCAUGUCCUAUUUCAAUACAGUAGGUUUAUUUUCAGUUGGUUUGUGAUAUGAAUAAUAAUUAAUUAUAAAGCUUGGCUGAAAACUCUUAGAUUUAAAUAUUGGAGGAUGGGUGCCAAAGAAACCUCCCAAGCAGUGAGAGGGUUACCAUGGCAACUGAGCUACAGCACCGAAAAACUGUUGUGUGAAACAAAAAGUGAGAGAGGGAGGGAGGUAGAAAAAGGGAGAAAAGUACAGAAGACAAUGUAGUAUAAACUCCUCUCUGUAGUCUUCCAUAUUACACUGGUGAAAUUAUUGCAUGGACUUGAUUUUAACCUUUCCUAAAUUACAUUUGGACUCAUUUAAAACACUCAGUCAAUAGUGCCAGAGAGUAGCAGCAAAGGGGUCACCAUAGCAACUAAGCUACUGUCCACCUCUCAAAGUAUCAUCUAAGCUAGCAGAUGCUAGAAUGAAAGUGGGCCUAUGGAUGAGAGGCUGAUGAUCUCUUUAUUAGGUCACUUAGGAUGUUAUCCAUUAAUUCAAGUUCUUUUGUGGCCUAACCUUACCUGAUUUGAGUACCAAAUGGGAAUUUCCAUAUUUCAUUUCAGACAUAAAUCAAAACUACCCACCCUAUUUUUGAGUAGACCAUUAAGCUUAUAUCCACAUGUCACCCUUUCAGGAAAACCCAUAUCCCAAGUGUUUUAAGCAAAGAGAUAUGUCUGUUAAAAACAUAUCCCAUUCCUAAACCAGGAUCUGGAUAGUAUACUAAACUUCAAUCUGUUUAGAAUCCAAAAGGUGAAAAUCAAUGUCCUUCCUCUUUCACAACAACAUAAGUCAAACACCUUAUCCUUUGGGGCAGCAGCACAAAACUAUGUGGCUUACAUAACUGACAGUUUCCUUCCCCUCUUCUUCUUCUGGGAAUACAGUCCUUUUGAUCUCAGGUUAAAGCAUCAUGACCUUGUUCCCAGGAUCUGUCUUCUUUUUGUCCCUCUGAGUGUCCCUUUGAGGAAGAGAAAAUGAGAGAGAGAGAAGAGAGAGCCUAGCAUGAUAUUGCAUUCAAACCCAAAGCAAUAACCUGACAGUGGUCCCUUGAGCACCAAUAUAAACACAAUAUACCACUGAAUGCUGUGGUUGAAUAAUAAAUGUGACACAAUUGAAUAGGAUGUUGCCUGAUGAAAUCCUCCUUUCAUAAGUUUCACCAUCUCCCCUAUUGCUAAAAUGAGAUGAUUAUGUAACAACGUCUGACUGUAGAUUUUAUGUUUAUUGCUACAUUCCUUUAUUUAAUGUUAUACAUUAGAUUGCAGUAUUUUAUAGCACCCACCGAGUAUUUUUUCUGCUUCAUAUUCAAAGAUUUUCCGUGAGAAGUUACAUUGCUUAAAAAUGAGUAGCAAAUCAUAAGCAUUGCCCAUGAGUUCGCAUAUUUUGUUAAGAAUCAAAAGUUGUGUUGCAGUAUGGAGGUAACCCAGUAUCAUGUGCAGUUGGCAAUGCAGUCUUGGAUAUCAUUGAAAAUGAGAACCUUCAACAGCAUGCCCUUGAGACUGGUGAUUACUUGAAGAACAAGUUGCUACAACUUCAAACCAAGCACAGGCUUAUUGGAGAAGUGAGGUAAGUGCUGAUUUCUUGAUCAUCAGUCUGUUGUCUCGUCCUAUCCCACUUCCCCUCAGGUGAGCCUCUGUGCCUAAGGAGGGUGGAAAGGGAAGAGACUUUUAAAGUGGGUGUUCGUUAUUGUGCAAAAUGACACUUUAAGGUUCUCCUGCCCUGAUUUGAUAGUGAUACAAUUACAGCUUGUCCUUAUGUCAUAAACAGGUCUUCCCCCCUCUCCUGCAGGGUUGUUUAGCUUGGUACCACUUCUUUAGUUUCAUAAACUGUUAUUCUUAAUAGAGCGCAUUCUUUUGCUUCUUUAAAUGCUACCUUGUUGCUUUUUAUUGUUUGAUUGUCUAAGUGUUUUUAAGUCGUGGUAAGCUGAUUAUGUCCUAGCGUCAAGGAGUAUAAAUGGGAACCGGUGAACUGUGAGGACACCAAAGGAAAUGUGAUGGGGGGCGGGGAGGGGGUUGUUGGCUUAGGGGUUGGAGGGGGUAGUUAACCUGUGAUGGAUUAGGAUCUCAUCCAAAUGAGUAGCAAGAUACACAGACCUUGCCAAGGGAGGAGGGGAUGGGUCAUUUUCAUGUCAAGCAGUAACGUCUCAAGAAAGGAAGUUCUCAUUUGAAUGUGAACAGAUUUCCUCAGCUACGUUAGUCCUAGAUUGUGGUCUGUGUGCAAAUUAGACCUUUUCAUCUUAACUUGCUGUUGUUGUUUUGUUUUUUGUUUUUUUUUUAAGGGGAAUGGGGCUUUUCAUUGGAGUGGAGCUAGUGACUGAUAGAACAACAAAACAACCAGCCGCAGAAGAGGCAAGAAGAGUGAUAUACAUGUGAGUAUGAAAACUUCCUGUUCAUUGCGGUGACUAGACCAUCUAUUUCUCAAACUGCACAGAUAGACCAUUCCUGCAAUAACUAUGCAGUUAUACAGCGCAUUAUCCAACGCUUUACAGUGAAUCUUAGCCUGAAUGCAUUGAGAAGUUUUACGAUGUUUGGAAGAAAAUUUUGCAUUUUAAGAAUGUUAGGGUGAAAACAAGGUCAGACCACAACGCCGGGAGCUGCGUUCUCUACUUUUUGCUAGACAUUUGUGGGUUCUUCGACGUCCCUCGCUAACCAGUACUGGGAAGAUGCGGUAGACGAGGCCUUCGGUUUUUCUUCCUUAUUCGAGAAGACUAGAACGUCUAACCUUUUGUAGAUGUCGUAGCAAAGGUAACACAUUCUCCUCAGUUAUAUUCUCCCGGGUUCAAAUAAUUUACCGUAUUUCUCCACUUAUCUGAUUAUAAUCAUUUUUAACAGGGCAAAAGACAAGUUUGUGCUGCUAUCAGCUGAUGGACCUGACCACAACGUGAUCAAGAUCAAACCUCCAAUGUGCUUCACAAACACAGAUGCUGAUCGAGUGUGUUCAGUUUUAGAUGAGGCACUGAGCGAAAUUGAGGAAAGCCAGGGAAGAAGACUGUGAAGGAGUGGUAGAAAAAGGGCCAAAGCAAGCGAUCAUUUUCUGUUCUAAAAUUUUACACAUUUUUUUGUCAUGGUCUCAAGUCCGAGGGAACUUCUACAGUAGAUAGACGCAUUUUUUAUUUCUGAAUAUGUCGAAUUCUAAGACUUCAACAUGUCCUUUACAGGAUCAGUAUGAGGAAGUCGCUGUACGCCAGAGUUUUGUAAUAUUUUUGUCGAUGUGCACACCGGUUGAGAGACUAGAAUUGACACAACAACUGCUAAAAAUCGAAUCUUAUUUAUAUUUAAUAUACACGCGCGUUUUCUUUUUUAUUCCAUUAAAUUUAGCUGUAGGCCAUGAUAGUUGAAAGUGAAAUUUCAAAGAAAGAACGCCAGGUUUUAUUUUAUGUUUCUUAAAACUCAUUAACCCUUUACACCCUAAGAUCAGUAUACAUAUAGUUCAUACUGGUCUCUAUACAAUUCCAGCAGUGCUGACGAAGGGAAUUUGCGUAAUAAUCAAGAGAAUUUUCAUUUGGCGAUCAUUUCCUUGACUAUCUUGGCCUCAAUAUGUGAUUCGGGGAUGACAUUUUAACGAGAAACCAGACAAUAACUCUUAAGGGUCAAGGGGUAAAUUAGGCAAUAAAUUGCCUGGCAAAAAGGUCACUUCUCGCUCGAGAUACUGGAAUCUUUUUAAAUAAUGCAAACACUGUCAAUAUGUCAAUAUUUAUUGGGAAGUUUGUAAUUUUUUAUACAUAAAACUGAAUUUAAUGCUUUCGCUCAAUUUCAGUGGAAUGCUUAUGUGUAUUUUAUGUUUUUGGUUGUCCCUUAUUUGAGAGUCUAGAUAAAUACGACAUUUCUAAUAUAAAUGAUUUUAAUUGCUAUGUGGUAAACAGUGAUUAACAGUGUAACAUAUGAG